AUGGCACUAAAUACAUUACCAAGUACAGUGUUGUCAAUAAUAGUUGAUUACUUGGAGUUCAAUGUAGACCGUAUUGUGUUGACAUUAGUAUCUAAAAGAUUGUUUGAACGAAGACAUGAAUAUCUAUACUUAGUAGAUAAUGUAAAGAACAUAAUAUCAUCAUCAUUAUCAUUGACAACAACAACAUCAUCAUCAUCAUCAUUGAUAACAAAAAAUGAUGUACUCAAGUCAUAUUGUAAUAUUAGAAAGACAGUUGAUUGUCUGACUCAACAACAACACAAGAUACUUGUGUAUCCAGUGAAUGAACUCGAUACUGCAAAUAGCCUAGUGAUCAAAGAUGGUGCAACUCCAAUUGCUUAUGAUGGCAACAAUAUGAUGUUGAUCAACAAUCUUAACAAUAUCAUCAAGAAUGUUGUUGGAGUAAAUAUGUCCAUUAUAUUCAGUUCAAUACACAAUAGUUUAACAUAUGAUCAAACAUUCUGGAAUGAUUUGAAUGAGUUGUUGACAUCAGGAACUGGCCGCAACACCACAACAACAUCUGGAAAGGUGGAGUUUGAACUACAUGUACUCAAUCCAACACUACCAAUGCAGGAUGUGCCAUUGACAUCAAUGAGCAUCACAAUACGACAUGAUGGAGAUUUUGAGGGAGAAGAAGAGUGGACGCCUCAUCGUCAUCUCUUUCCCAACACUUUGAACACUCUGUUGAUUUCUGGCGAUUUCAACAGUCCACUCAAUCGCGACGUUCUCCCCGAGGGACUCAAGUCUCUGCAGAUCGUGGGCGGCUACACAUGGAACAGCAGUCCUGUCCCACCAACACUCCCAUUGCACUUGGAGCACGUUAACCUUGGCCCUCACUUCAACAUACCAAUAACCAAAGGAUCAUUGCCAGACACUCUCAAAUCUUUGGUUAUCUCUGGCCUUUACACUCAUCCAAUGGACGGCGACGCACUGCCACCUUCACUCACAAUGCUAAAGAUUGACUCGGGACAUAGCUAUCCGUUGAUUAACCUUCCACCAAGCAUCAUCAACAUGGAGUUGAACAACCCACAUCAAAUGGUCGAUCAUCCAACAUUGGAGACACUGAGACUAGUGUUCUCGGACAUGCUCGCUCGACCAAUCCAACCCUUGCCAUCGCUCAAGAAGUUGUCGAUUGUAUUGGCGAAACCAGCUCACAUACCAUUAAUCUCUGCAACAACAUUCCCUCGUCUUGAACAUCUUAGUAUAUACAGUAUACUCACCAACUAUGAUAACAGCAACAAUUUUGAGCCAAUCGAAAUUGACAUGAGUAACCUGCCCACAUCAUUGACGUUCUGGAGCUCAUCGAUGCAAGGACCUGGCAGAGCCACCGCCAACUUUGGUCACCUCGAUGGCCAGCCUUAUCAAUGGACAAAGGGCACACUGCCAUCAUCAAUCACCUCGAUGGAUCUCUAUCGACCGGUCGCACUUGAUGACCUUCCUCCCCAUCUGACAUCACUGCGCGUACAAGAUUUUCAACUUCCAAUCGAUGUGACCAAACUACCAACAUCAAUCAACACCUUGAAGUUAUAUUAUUCCAAACAACAAUUGGAUAAUGUAAAGCGAUUCCUCAAAGACAUACCGAGCCACAUUGGUACUUUGGAGAUCAAGAAUUCAAUUCGAGAGACACCAUUCAAACUUCGACGUCUAUCACACAACAUGUUCUUUGUUGACCUCGAUGAAGAGAUCAAUCAUUACGCAUUUGUACAUAUUGAUGAUAUACCAUCAUUUGUAAAUAUUCAAUCGAAUGGAAGUGUCUCCAAGCAAAUCAAGUCAUGGCUCUCUGGAAAGAUAUCCAAAUACUUUGGAUAA